CCUAAAAAAUAAAACUCUCCAUAACCGUUACGUAAAUGUCAGCGGUUAAAAGUUAACAAAUUUCACAAGAAAGUCAAAUCCUUGUAAUGGAUGUUUUAUUUUGAUUGUAAUUGUUAAGGUUUCGAAUGUACAGUACCCCUAGUUGUUUAAAAAGUGCGUUUUAAUUAACAUAAUUCAAUUUUACUAUCUACCCGGCCACCUUUUUCACAAUAUGGCUGCUAGUGUUGGAAGGAUCUGUGGAGUAAAACUUUUAAAGAGGAAUGCCACCCAUAUAUCACAUCAGGUAGGGGCAUUUUCAACAGCGAGAGAAUGGGCAGGGAAUAAUCGCAAGCUACUAGCAGCAUUAGGCGGUUUCACGGGAAGCGUGGGGGCACUCAUUUUCGCACUGGAUCAGUCUGUAAAAGCAUCCGAUUUAGAAUUACAUCCGCCAAGCUACCCAUGGGACCAUAAAGGAUUCACAGCAGCGUUAGACCAUGCUAGUAUUCGAAGAGGUUACGAAGUGUAUAAGCAAGUCUGUGCAGCAUGCCAUUCGAUGCGUUUCAUGUGUUACCGAAACUUGGUCGGAGUUACUCAUACAGAAGCAGAGGCCAAAGCCGAAGCGGAAGAAAUUCAAGUAACCGAUGGUCCUGAUGCAACCGGUGAAAUGUUCCAAAGACCAGGGAAGUUAUCGGAUCACUUCCCUAACCCCUAUGCAAACGAGGAAGCAGCACGAGCCGCCAAUAAUGGAGCUUUCCCUCCCGAUUUGACCUACAUUGUAUUAGGCCGUCAUGGAGGGGAAGAUUACAUAUUCUCCCUGCUAACCGGAUAUGUCGACGCUCCUGCCGGUGUAAUCUUACGAGAGGGACAGUACUACAACCCCUACUUCCCAGGUGGUGCAAUUUCAAUGGCCCAAGCUUUAUAUAACGAGGUAAUCGAGUACGGCGACGGUACUCCAGCCACCGCCAGUCAGUUAGCCAAAGAUGUCGCGACGUUUUUAAAAUGGGCGGGCGAACCGGAACACGACGAUAGAAAGAGAUACAUGAUCAAAUCGUUCUUCUUGUUUUCGUUCUUAUGUGUGGUUUCUUACUAUUACAAGCGACACAAAUGGUCUGUAAUCAAAAGUCGUAAAAUAGAAUUUAAACCGCGAAAGUAACACUCUUUUUAUGUAGACAAUUUAAUUACUAAAAUUAGCUACUUGAAACGAUUUCGAUAAUGCUUGAUCAUAAUUAGUUAGGUGUUAUUAAUGUGUACAUUAUACCUAAUAAAGUUAUGAGCUGAACAUUGACCUUACCAACACA